AUGUUACACGACAUCCAAACACAUCUUAUAACUCACCUGGGAUUAGAACCAGCAAAACGGGCCGUAUUAACCUGGCCGGCCCAAAACGUCGCCCCUUGCUCGCCUGGUGAAACCCAUUAUCGCUCGCCUUUCACUCGCCCAACGAACCAACCGCGAAUCCAUUGUCUGGGCUCGCCACUUGCUCGCCCAAUGAAUGCCUUGCCUCACGCUCGUUUGAUGCUCGCUCGUCGAAUCUGCGCAACCAUAUUACAGAGAGAUAGUGUUAUUAUGUUUGGGAGUUCAAAAGAGAUUCAAAGCAAAACAGAAGAAGAAAAGGUUCUCGAGAACACAGCUACGCAUCAGAUUGAUCCCAAAUCGCACAACCUCUUUGACAUAGCAGCCGCCGACGUUUUCAGGCAAAAAUAUUCCGAUGAUGUGCAAGUCCCAGCCGUUCCCUCCGAUUGA